CUUUAGUGCCUAUAAUAUCAAUAGUUUAAUCAUAUGUGGAAACAAAGACGUACUCUCUAGCUAUCCCUCUCAGUACAAGUAUACAACGAUGAUAAGGUGUGUCGACAGAUAGUGUUUAGUUCUGCCGCGUUUAGAUAUUGUGGAUUCAGUCGAUGUUGAAUACUAUUCCCGCCUACUCGCACACUAAUGUCAAUGAUAUUAUACCUAUCGUGCCGGCCGUCGUCGUCCGCGCAACCCUGACAGUUGAUUGUUGAGAUACGCGACCGUUGUUGUUAGUGUCUACCGUUUUCAUUUAGAUAAGGAAUUGUUUUACACGUUACAAAAUAAUAACAUUAUUAAUGUUAAGCAGUGUCGGUUUCAUAAAACAAUAAAAUGUCGAAUAAGACAAAUAGAAAAGUGCAAUAUUUAGCGGGCGUGUGCGCGGCGUUCUCAUUUACAUUUACUGGAGCUACACUGGCAUGGUCGUCACCGGCGAUUCCAAAGUUCAAAAGUGGUGAAGCGAAUGUUGUUAUCACUGAUACGCAGACGUCAUGGGUGGUGUCCCUACACUCGGCGGGAGCACUCCUCGGCUGCUACUUUGGGCAAGUGUUAAAUGAAAGGGCUGGACGUCGCCGUACAUUUUUGGGCUCAGCCGUGCCGGGCCUCUUAGGUGCGACUCUCCUUCUGAAUACGACCAUGCCUGAACUGAUGUAUGUGGCCAGGUUUAUGAUGGGACUCGCUACUGGUAUUAUAGCUGUGGUAACAAUGAUAUAUGUAACAGAAAUAUCGGACAAAGAGAUAAGAGGAGCUUUGGGUAUGACGGUGCAGGUCAUGAACAAUUUGGGCAGUCUAACAGUCUAUAGCGUCGGUCCCUUCGUUUCGUACAAAACUUUAAACUGCAUAAUACUGAUCAUUCCUAUCUGCUAUGUACUCCUGUGCCUUUGGAUACCGGAGUCACCGUAUUACCAUCUAAAGGAUGGAAGAAUAGAAGCUGCUAAGAAAGAGUUCAUGAGACUUAAAGGAAAUCAGGACGAAAGUUUGUUAGAAGAACAGAUGAAUGUAAUGCGGGCACAUGUUAGAGAGAGCAUGGAAAAUAAAACUACAUUGAGAGAACUUUUGACUAACAUGCGCUACAGGAAAGCUGUAUACAUUGUCACAGGGUUGAAGCUGUUACAGUACAUGACUGGUAUUUUAGUAAUACAGUCUUAUUUGGAGCCUAUAUUUAGACAGAGCAACUUUGUAUCGGGCCCUAUCGCUAGCAUCGUGUACGGAUUCGUACAGCUGGGAGCAGGGAUCGGCGCAACAUUCUUGGCAAGAUGGUUCGGUCGGCGAAUUCUUCUUUCAAUAUCUUGUCUUGGAGUGUCAAUUGCUAUGACACUAGUAGGCCUCUACUUCUUCCUGCAGGACACGAUACAAGUCAGCGUUGAAACCUCACGGGCCAUCUCGUGGAUGCCGCUCGUCGGUAUAUUAGGGUUCAACGUCCUUUACGCUGUCGGUGUAGGGAACCUACCUUACGUACUACAAGCAGAAUUGUUCCCAGUCAAUGUCAAAGGCGUAGCUUCAAGUACAGCCACCAUGUUAGCCUGUAUCCUAAGUUUCCUAGUCACAAAAUGUUACCAGCAAAUGAAAGAUGCUUGCGGCCACUACAUGGUAUUCUGGUCGUUCGCCUUCAUAGGCUACGUCGGCGUAUUCUUUAUUUACUUCUUCGUACCAGAAACUAAAGGUAAAACUUUGGAAGAGGUUACAACUAACAUACAAGACCAGCAGCCUGAGGAGCAAGCAUUGAAUACAGAGAAAACUGAAAAGAUCUAGUGAGAUAGGAUUAUGCAUUCUAGUAUUUUUAUAAUGAAACAUACUGGUAUAUCGUCGUCGUUAUUAAGUUUUCUCUUUUUUCCGCGACUCUACUAUUUGUGCUCACUUAUUUAUAUAGAGUCGCCGUACAAGUAGU